AUGUCGACCUCUUCGAGCAAACAACAUGCCCGCCAUAGUUCCAACUUCUCAAAGGGCCGACCAGCUCCGAUGCCCAGCUCCCCCUUUAAGGCAUCUCACAGUGAUCAGGGCAUCGAAGAGAGCAGUCCUUUGGCCGUUUCCGACCGUCCCUGGAUCGAACGCCCUCGAGCCAGCUCUACGUCCAGCCAAGCCGCAGAGAAAACUCCUGCGAGGUCUUUCUACGUCCGUUCAUUUCAUGGCCAGCUAGACCCAGCUCAGUAUUCUUCGUCCGCUGGCCUACGAGACCAGACUGCAGAGCUUGCUGCCUUUGCUCUCUCCGAGACCACCUCUCACCUUGGAACCUCCCCGCCGUCUUCCUCAGCCGCUUCUGACGAUGGUUACCCCGAAGUCAUCGAAGAAGUUUCCGAGCCGGUGACUCCAGCAGGGUCGGACCAGGACCAACCCGGCGAUCCCGCUGUGUCCGAGUUAACGGCAAUGAUACAAAAUUCUAUCAGUCAAGAGGAGGAGCACCAGCAACACACGAAUGGCACCGACAAGACAAUGUCGCAUCGUCCCCUAUCGUUGAGCAGGCCUGAGCCUAGUCAACCAGAUGAGCAUACAGCCCUCAUUGGAGACCGGCGGACAGAUCCUACAAAAUAUGGCCUUUAUCCGGAUAUCGAGCGGCAGUAUGGCGCCGACAAGGGUGGGAUCAUCCACAAAUGCAGAGCCUCUGCGAGAAGAGUUCGGUCGUGUGUUUAUACACUCUCUCAUCCAAAAACGUGGAGUGCCCGUGCCAUAUACCGGGAAGCCAUUGUCCAUCCGGUCAGUCUCCUACCAGCGGUGUUCCUGGGUUUACUCUUGAACAUUCUCGAUGCUCUCUCCUACGGCAUGAUUUUGUUUCCCUUGGGGAACGAAAUAUUCGACGGCCUCGGCUCGGAUGGAAUUGCCAUGUUCUAUGUCAGCACCAUUGUGGCCCAGGUCGUGUAUUCCUCUGGCGGCUCAAUCUUCAGAGGUGGCAUUGGGUCCGAAAUGAUCGAGGUGGUCCCCUUUUUUCACAAGAUGGCCUUUACCAUACUCCAGAAGGUGGGGGACCAGAAUCCUAAAGCCGUCCUUGCCACCACUAUACUGUCCUUUGCUAUCAGCUCCGUCUUGACUGGAGUGGUGUUCUUCCUCAUGGGAGCUUGCAAGCUAGGAUCGUUGAUUGGAUUCUUCCCGCGCCAUAUUCUCAUUGGCUGCAUUGGGGGUGUCGGCUGGUUUCUUGUUGCUACUGGCAUCGAGGUCUCUGCUCGGUUACCUGGAAAUCUGGAGUACAAUCUUAACACCCUCAAGCAGCUGUUCCGAAGCGAUACAAUCGCCCUGUGGACCAUACCCUUGUUACUUGCCAUCACUUUGCUCAUUGUACAACGCUUUGUAAAAUCAAAUCUGUUGGUUGGCGGCUACUUCAUCUCGGUUGCGGCAAUUUUCUACUUUUUCAAGUCUGCUUUGGACAUUUCAAUGGACACCCUGCAUACGGGAGGCUGGGUCUUCGAUCCACCACCAGCCGGGAACCCCUGGUAUCAUUUCUAUACUUUGUACGACUUCAACGCGGUCCAUUGGGGAGCUCUUGCCGACACCAUCCCAGCCAUGUUUGCCCUGACAUUCUUCGGCGUCUUACAUGUACCAAUCAACGUACCCGCUUUGGGAAUAUCUACCGGCGAGGAUAAUUUGAACGUCGACCGGGAGUUGGUUGCACAUGGUGUGUCCAACUGCCUCAGUGGACUCUUUGGAAGUGUGCAGAACUACCUUGUAUAUACCAACAGUCUGCUGUUCAUGGAUAGUGGUGGUAAUGACCGUCUCGCAGGGCUCAUGCUGGCUGGCUGCACUGUCGGUAUUCUCUUGGCCGGCCCAGUUAUCAUCGGAUACAUUCCCAUUAUGGUGGUUGGUGCUUUGAUUUUCCUCCUAGGCAUAGAGCUACUGGAAGAAGCUCUGGUCGGAACAUGGGGCAAAGUCCACAAGCUUGAGUAUGCUACGAUCCUGAUCAUUGUCGUCACGAUGGGAGUGUGGGAUUUUGUUGUUGGGAUCCUGGUGGGCAUCUUGCUUGCUGCCUUGAGUUUUGUUGUACAGACGUCGCGAAGGACAGCUAUCAGAGCUACAUACUCCGGACAAGUUGCCAGAUCUCUCGUCCGACGACCCCCAGUUCAACUCAAGUUCUUGCGAGAGACAGGCAGACAGAUCUUUCUACUCAGACUGGCAGGAUAUUUGUUUUUUGGGACGAUUGUCGGUGUUGAGAACCAAAUUCGAGCGCUUUUGGAGGAAAAUGCCUUUAGAGACCGUCCUCUGAGGUUCCUCAUCUUGGACAUGGCCCAGAUCAACGGCAUUGAUUUCUCUGCCGCAGAGGCGUUCACCAGGAUCAAUCGCCUUCUGCAAAAGCGCGGAGUCGAGCUUAUCGUGAGCAGCCUCGACGUUGAUGGCGAGGUUGGACAAGCUCUCCGUAAUGUUGGUCUGUUUGCGGCAGAGUCCCAUGUUCAGAUCUUCCCAGAUCUAAAUGUGGCACUGGAGCACUGCGAGAACAAACUAUUGACCGCCCUAUAUCGUCAACAAGAGCAGCGACGCCCAAGGCGGAUAGGAGGGCAUCUCGAUAUGCCUCGAACCCGGCCUCAAGAGCUUUCGUCAUCGUACAAGGCAGAAUUCAUGGGCAGUUCCCCGAGACGCAAUCAUCUUCAUCAAGUUGCUCAGAGUACUCUGGACGAGGAGACGUCAACUUCGGCCAAGUGGCAAUCAUUCAAGCAACCUCUGCCUUUGAUGCUACAGAUUUUCGCGGACCUCUCCGAAAAGACGGAGGAUUUUUGGUAUCGCGCCAUGAAAUACUUUGAAAGGGUUGUUUACCCGAAAGGCUCGGUGUUAUUCAAGGUUGGAGAUCUCCCAGACGGCUUCUACUUGCUCGAAGAAGGCAUUCUGCGCUGUGAUUACGACUUGCCACAGGGUCGAUACUCGGAACUGAUCGUGUCUGGACGGCCAUGUGGAGAGCUACCGUUUUUCUCCCAAACAUCACGCACUGCCACGAUGAUUGCAGAGAAGGACUGCGUCACAUGGAAACUUGAUGCAAAACGAUGGCAUGAUAUGCAGACCCGGGAUCCAGAUGUGGCCCAAGAACUGCUCGUUAUCAGUCUCAAAUUGACCAAGGAAAGGAUGGAUGCUGUGACUUCGUACGUCUUGACGACAGCGGGUUGA